AUGCCCGCCCGCGCCCCGCCGCGCCGCCUGCGGCCGCCACCACCGCUGCCGCUGCUGCUGCUGCUGGCCCUGGGCGGCCGCCGCCUGCACGCCGAGCCCGGCGACGGGGCGCAGACCUGGGCCCGCUUCGCGCAGCCUCCUGCCCCCGAGGCCGCGGGCCUCCUCCACGACACCUUCCCCGACGGCUUCCUCUGGGCCGUGGGCAGCGCCGCCUACCAGACGGAGGGCGGCUGGCGGCAGCACGGCAAGGGCGCAUCCAUCUGGGACACGUUCACCCACCACCCCCCGGCGCCCCCGGGAGACUCUCCGGUAGCCGGCCUGCCGUCGGGCGCCCGGUCUCCGUCCCCGCCCGCUACCGGGGACGUGGCCAGCGACGGCUACAACAACGUCUUCCGGGACACGGAGGGGCUGCGCGAGCUCGGGGUCACCCACUAUCGCUUCUCCAUCUCGUGGGCGCGGGUGCUCCCCAAUGGCAGCGCGGGCGCCCCCAACCGCGAGGGGCUGCGCUACUACCGGCGCCUGCUGGAGCGGCUGCGGGAGCUGGGCGUGCAGCCCGUGGUCACCCUGUACCACUGGGACCUGCCCCAGCGCCUGCAGGACGCCUACGGCGGCUGGGCCAACCGCGCCCUGGCCGACCACUUCAGGGAUUACGCCGAGCUCUGCUUCCGCCACUUCGGCGGCCAGGUCAAGUACUGGAUCACCAUCGACAACCCCUACGUGGUGGCCUGGCACGGCUACGCCACCGGGCGCCUGGCCCCGGGCGUCCGGGGCAGCCCGCGGCUCGGGUACCUGGUGGCGCACAACCUCCUCCUGGCUCAUGCCAAAAUCUGGCAUCUCUACAAUACUUCUUUCCGUCCAGCUCAGGGAGGCCAAGUAUCCAUUGCCUUAAGCUCCCACUGGAUCAAUCCUCGAAGAAUGACCGACCAUAGCAUCAAAGAAUGUCAAAAAUCUCUUGAGUUUGUACUAGGCUGGUUUGCCAAACCCAUAUUCAUUGAUGGUGACUAUCCUGAGAGCAUGAAGAAUAAUCUUUCAUCUCUUCUGCCUGAUUUUACUGAAUCUGAGAAAAAGUUCAUCAAGGGAACAGCUGACUUUUUUGCUCUUUCUUUUGGACCAACCUUGAGUUUUCAACUAUUGGACCCUCACAUGAAGUUCCGCCAAUUGGAAUCUCCCAGCCUGAGGCAACUCCUUUCUUGGAUUGACCUUGAAUAUAACCACCCUCAAAUAUUUAUUGUGGAAAAUGGCUGGUUUGUCUCAGGGACCACCAAGAGAGAUGACGCCAAAUAUAUGUAUUACCUCAAAAAAUUCAUAAUGGAAACCUUAAAAGCCAUUAAGAUGGAUGGGGUGGACGUCAUUGGGUACACGGCGUGGUCCCUUAUGGAUGGCUUUGAGUGGCACAGAGGCUACAGCAUCAGACGUGGACUUUUCUAUGUUGACUUUCUAAGCCAGGAGAAGAAACUGUUGCCAAAAUCUUCAGCCUUGUUCUACCAAAAGCUGAUAGAGAAAAAUGGCUUCCCUCCUUUACCUGAAAAUCAACCCCUAGAAGGGACAUUUCCUUGUGACUUUGCUUGGGGAAUUGUUGACAACUACAUUCAAGUGGACACCACCCUGUCUCAGUUCACCGACCCGAACGUUUACCUGUGGGAUGUCCACCACAGUAAGAGGCUGAUUAAGGUGGACGGGGUGGUGACCAAGAAGAGGAAGUCCUAUUGCGUGGACUUUGCCGCCAUCCGGCCCCAGAUAGCCUUACUCCAGGAGAUGCACGUUUCGCAUUUUCACUUCUCGCUGGACUGGGCCCAGAUCCUGCCGCUGGGCAACCAGUCCCAGGUAAAUCACACGGUCCUGCGCUACUACCGCUGCGUAGUCAGCGAGCUGGUGCGCGCCAACAUCACCCCGGUGGUGGCGCUCUGGCGCCCCGCCGCCCCGCACCACGGCCUGCCGCCACCCCUGGCCAAGCACGGCGCCUGGGAGAACCCCCGCACCGCCCUGGCUUUUGCCGAGUACGCCCGGCUCUGCUUUCAGGAUCUCGGCCAAGACGUCAAGUUCUGGAUCACGAUGGGCGAACCGUACACGCGGAACAUGACCUACAGCGCCGGGCACAAUCUGCUGAAGGCCCACGCGUUGGCUUGGCGUGUGUACGAUGAGAAGUUCAGGGGCUCUCAGAAAGGCAAAAUAUCCAUAGCCCUGCAGGCCGAUUGGAUAGAACCCGCCUGCCCUUUCUCCCCAAAGGACAAAGAAGUGGCUGAGAGAGUUUUGGAAUUUGACAUUGGCUGGCUGGCGGAGCCCAUUUUCGGCUCUGGGGAUUACCCACGUGUGAUGAGGGACUGGCUCAACCAAAGAAACAAUUUCCUUCUACCGUAUUUCACGGAGGAAGAAAAAAAGCUAAUCCGGGGCUCUUUUGACUUUCUGGCUUUAAGCCAUUACACCACCAUCCUUGUCGACUGGGAAAAAGAAGAUCCAAUGAAAUACAAUGAUUACCUGGAAGUGCAGGAAAUGACCGACAUCACCUGGCUCAACUCUCCGGGACAGGUGGCCGUGGUGCCGUGGGGCUUGCGCAAAGUUCUCAACUGGCUGAAGUUGAAGUACGGAGACCUGCCCAUGUAUAUAAUAUCCAACGGCAUAGACGAUGAUCCGCUCGCAGCCCAAGACAGGUUGAGGGUAUAUUACAUGCAGAAUUAUGUCAAUGAAGCUCUGAAAGCUUACAUACUGGAUGGUAUCAAUGUUUGCGGAUACUUUGCUUAUUCGUUUAAUGAUCGCACAGCUCCGAAGUUUGGCCUCUAUCAUUAUGCUGCAAAUCAGUUUGAGCCCAAACCGUCCAUGAAACAUUACAGGAAAAUUAUUGACAACAAUGGCUUCCCCGGUCCCGAGACUCUGGGAAGAUUGUGUCCAGAGGAAUUCACCCUGUGUACCGAAUGCAGCUUUUUUCAUACCCGAAAGUCUUUACUGGCUUUCAUCGCUUUCCUACUUUUUGCUUUUAUUAUUUCUCUUUCUCUGAUUUUCUACUACUCUAAGAAAAGUAGAAGAAGUUAUAAAUAGUCCCGAACAUUUUCCUGUUCAUUUAUUUUGAAAUAAUUAUGUACACACAUCAGCUGUAAACCAUUUGCACUUCUGUGUUGUAAAACUAUAGAUUUCAUUUAUCCGACUUCUAGAAAAAAUUUUUGUGGCAUAUGACAGACAUUUGGAAAUGAGCGUAGAUGAUUGUAAAAUAUUGAAUAAUGUGAAUAGUGCCUGGAUUUGUUCUUUUUUGGAGGGUGAUCAGAGACUGUCAGGGGCCUUCAUUUCUGCAACACAUUCUGUAAUAAAUGUAUGGGAACCAUUCCAUAAUUUUUUUUGACAGAAAUUGAAUGGCCUUAUCAGUGCCCAUUCCUAAGUGUAGUGUUUAUUUUGAAUAAUUGCAAAUGUUGGAAUAAAAAGUUAAAUCCCAA